GCAGUCAAACGUGCUGAUUUGAUGAACUGCAACUAGAGAUUCAAGCAAACGAAUCAACCGAGCACACCGAGCUCGGGCUUCAGUGGAGCAAGUGACAAUUGUCGGCAGGUGAAUGAGCGUCUGAACGGUCAAGACUUUCGAUCGUGUUGAUCAGAAGUGAAUGUAGCCGGUUUAUUCUGGUUUAAAUAUACUCGCGCGUGUGAGAGGUAACCGGGUUUAUUCGCACAUGUGGCCCAUUUGACCCGGUCUGAGAUAUCCAUAUUUAUAGAAUCCGAGUAUAAAUAACCAACUUUUUUCGGUAUAUAUUUACCAUUUUUUCACAACUGAAUAGUCAAAUUUGUAAUAAAGUAACUUGAAAUUACACGUUACAAUUCACAGCUACAUCAAUACAUCGUAAUCACUGCUGUUAAAAAUACAAUUUCAUACAUCUACUAUCAAAAUUAUUUAUCUGCACUCAUAGCCACUGAAAUAUAUUUUAAUCACCAAUAUUAACCUCAUAGAAAUCUGAGUGUAGUUGGUUUCCGAAACAUAUUGCAAAAGAACGUACGAGCAUUCGUACAUAGUAACAUACACACACGUCCCAGACUCACUUUACUGUCUCCAUGGCGAUGAGUCGGCCCACGUCCACGCCGCCGCACACCAUCAGCUGAGUGUCAACAGGUCAUCGUCGCUGGACUUCCAAUACUGCCGUGAUGUCGGACCCCCAGCAACCAGCGGCGCGGGAAGCCAUGGCAUCAUCCGUGCGCUUCACCGUCACGCCCAUCAAAGCCGAAGAUCUCCCAGGUGUGUCGGACACGUCUCCAGACAUCAGCUCACGUUCCAGCGGGAGGGUUCGGUUCGGCUCCAGGGAGAGCAUGAACCGAAGCGAGCCGCACAGCGAAAUGUCCGGUGGGAUCGCGACAUCUGCGGGGGCCAAUACGCCGGACCGCUGUAACAUGGAUCAAGGUGAUGAUGGUGUGAAGCUGUCCAAUGUGUACAGUAAUAACUCGCAUGCGGGUGAUGACGAUGAUUUCUACGACAGGAAUCUGGCCCUGUUUGAGGAAGAGAUGGACACUCGUCCUAAAGUGUCGUCUCUGCUCAAUCAUCUGGCGAACUACACGAACCUCACACAGGGCGCUAAAGAACACGAGGAGGCGGAGAGUAUUGGAGAGAAACGCAAACCCAGCAAGUCUCCUCAGAUGGGCACGUUUAUGGGUGUGUAUCUGCCGUGUCUUCAGAACAUCUUUGGAGUGAUUCUGUUCCUCAGACUCACUUGGGUCGUCGGUACUGCUGGAGUUCUGCAGGCGCUGUGUAUCGUCUUUACAUGCUGCUGCUGUACCAUGUUGACUGCAAUAUCUAUGAGUGCCAUCGCUACUAAUGGAGUCGUGCCAGCGGGUGGGUCGUACUUUAUGAUCUCACGUUCUCUGGGUCCGGAGUUUGGGGGGGCCGUGGGCUCAUGUUUCUAUUUGGGUACGACCUUCGCUGGGUCCAUGUACAUCCUCGGUGCUAUCGAGAUUUUACUGAUGUACAUCGCUCCCGGGGCCGUCAUCUUUGUUUCUGACAAUACAGAUGGCGAGGCAGCAGCCAUGCUGAAUAACAUGCGCGUUUAUGGCUCGAUCUUCUUACUGCUGAUGUCUCUGCUGGUGUUUGUGGGAGUCAAAUAUGUCAACAAGCUAGCGUCUGUUUUUCUGGCCUGUGUGAUUAUUUCCAUUCUCUCAAUCUACAUCGGAGCGCUAGUAUCCGCCUUCAGCCCGCCCUCGUUCCCUGUUUGCAUGUUGGGGAACCGAAGUAUCUCACAGCAUGGGCUUAACAACACCCAGUGUGCUAAAACCGUCCGGACAUUGCGUGAUACCACGACGCAGGAGGCUGUUAACAUCACCGCCACUGAGAGCUUCAAUGCCACAGAGACUCCGCCUGUUACGCCUGCCAUGGUGGAGAACACAACAGUUCUGUGGUGGCACUUCUGUAACAGCUCGGAGUUGAACGCCGUUUGUGAUGAAUAUUUCAUCCAUAAUAACGUCACACAGAUACAGGGAAUACCUGGACUGGCUAGUGGUGUGAUCUCAGAGAAUAUCUGGAGUUCUUAUUCUAGUAAAGGAGAUGUUUUGGAGCGUGGCUCUCAUGCCUCCACCCACAGGCCGACUGUGUCCAAUCACUACCCAUACGUAUUUGCUGACAUCACCACUUCCUUCACUCUGUUGAUCGGAAUUUUCUUUCCCUCUGUCACUGGAAUCAUGGCCGGCUCGAACAGGUCUGGAGAUCUUAAGGACGCUCAGCGAUCGAUUCCCAUUGGAACGAUUCUCGCCAUCCUUACCACAUCCCUCGUCUACUUGAGCUGUGUGGUGCUGUUUGGAGCCUGUGUGGAGGGUGUUGUGCUUCGAGACAAAUUUGGAGACUCUGUGAAAGGAAAUCUUGUCGUGGGCACUGUGUCAUGGCCCUCGCCUUGGGUGAUUGUGAUAGGCUCUUUCUUCUCUACGUGCGGCGCUGGCCUCCAAUCACUGACUGGAGCUCCUCGUCUGCUGCAGGCCAUCGCUAAAGACAACAUUAUUCCUUUCUUGAGGGUGUUUGGUCAUGGUAAGGCGAAUGGAGAACCUACCUGGGCUCUGUUACUCACCGCUGUCCUCGCUGAACUGGGAAUCCUCAUCGCUUCACUGGACCUGGUCGCUCCAAUACUCUCAAUGUUUUUCUUGAUGUGUUACCUGUUUGUGAAUUUGGCUUGCGCUCUUCAGACGCUGCUUAGAACGCCAAACUGGAGACCUCGGUUCUCAUACUAUCACUGGACGUUGUCUUUUCUCGGCAUGAUGAUCUGUCUAGCACUGAUGUUCAUAUCCUCAUGGUACUAUGCUAUUGUUGCCAUGGUGAUUGCUGGAAUGAUAUACAAAUACAUCGAGUACCACGGAGCAGAGAAGGAGUGGGGUGAUGGUAUCAGGGGUUUGUCUCUCAGUGCGGCUCGAUUUGCUCUGCUCAGACUGGAGGAAGGACCACCACACACCAAAAACUGGAGGCCUCAGCUCCUGGUCUUGCUGAAACUGGAUGAAGAUGCUCACGUGAAAUCUCCACGUUUGCUGACGUUUGCGUCUCAGCUGAAAGCAGGGAAAGGUUUGACCAUCGUGGGAACUGUUAUACCGGGAAACUUCCUUCACGGUUAUGGUGAAGCUCUCGCUGCCGAGCAGACUUUGAGGUACCUGAUGGAUAAAGAGCGUGUGAAGGGUUUCGUUCAGUGUAUUGUGGCGCAGAAGCCGCGUGAGGGCAUCAGUCACAUGAUCCAGUCGAGCGGUCUGGGUGGCAUGAAGCACAACACUGUUGUCAUGGGCUGGCCGCACGCCUGGAGACAGAGCGAAGACCCUCAGAGCUGGAAAACCUUCAUCAAUACAGUUCGGGUCACCACAACAGCUCAUUUGGCUCUGCUGGUGCCGAAAAACAUCUCUCUGUUUCCAAACAACAGCGAGCCAUGUACGGAGGGAUACAUUGACGUGUGGUGGAUCGUUCAUGACGGCGGAAUGCUAAUGCUGCUGCCCUUCCUGCUCAGACAACACAAGGUGUGGCGUAAGUGUGGCAUGCGUAUCUUCACCGUGGCUCAAAUGGAGGACAACUCAAUUCAGAUGAAGAAGGAUCUGGCCACGUUUCUUUAUCACCUGCGUAUAGAUGCUGAGGUGGAAGUUGUUGAAAUGCACAACAGUGAUAUCAGUGCGUACACGUAUGAGAGGACGCUCAUGAUGGAGCAGAGAUCUCAAAUGCUUCGACAGAUGCGUCUAUCCAAGUCUGACCGCGAGAAAGAGCGAGUUCGCUGGAGUUUUGAUGAUGCACAGCUUGUUAAAGAACGGAACUCCAUGUUGCGUCUGACAAGCAUCGGCUCGGACGAUGAUGAUGACACUGAUGGGAUGAGUGCAGCCGAGAAGAGCGCAGAUUACCGACGCGUUCACAUGACCUGGACGAAAGACAAAGCACUGCAGCUCCUAUCAAACACGCAAACGAACACGGCAUCCUGCUGCAGCACGCCAGAAGGGUUCAGAGACAUGCUCAACAUUCGCCCUGAUCAGUCCAAUGUGCGUCGAAUGCACACAGCUGUCAAACUCAACGAGGUUAUUGUUAAUAAAUCCCAUGAUGCUCGGCUCGUCCUCCUCAACAUGCCAGGACCACCCAAGAACACAGAUGGAGAUGAGAACUAUAUGGAGUUUCUGGAAGUUCUAACUGAGGGGUUGGAGCGAGUCCUAUUAGUGAGGGGCGGAGGAAGUGAGGUCAUCACCAUUUACUCCUGAUAGCCAAUCAGCUUCUGUCGCAGAAGAGUAUUACAAAGGGAAGAACGGCCAAUCGAUUCAUUUUUCUUUUUAUGAUUUAUCAUCGGCUGUGUCUACGAGAAACUCCCAGCCAACGCGUCUUAACUGUACGACUUCGAUUUAAGUUUGCGAAAAUGUAACAUUCUGACCAAAAGUAGUGUUUGAUAUGACAUAUUUGGCAUUAUGUUUGUGUCCGAAUAUUUGUGCACAUAUGAAAACAGGCGUAUAACUCUUUCAGGACCGUCAUCGUAAAUGUGCAUGUGAUAAACUGGACCAAUCAGUAUGAGACCGCAUACACGCAAGCACACGGAUCACACCGCGGGACGAAGAGUGUGUUCCACAGACUGACUCAGGGCUGAAGCGCUUGAUAUUGGACCUAUAGUGUGUUGCAUUUGGGAGAGUGUAUGUGUUUGUUUUCGAGACAGAAUGUUAAAGGGAUAGUUCACUCCAGAAAUGUUUGGGUGAACUAUUCCUGUAUAUUGUGUUGCUAGCGUGUGAUUGUGAUCAUACAUGUUCUGCAUGGAGAAUUUGAAUGUGAGUUGACAUGUUUUAAUAAAUUGGUCUGACAGAAUUGUAGCAAUACUGUAUUUUCAGCAGCCAGCCAAUAAUUCAAGCAUUCAUUGUCCUAAUAUUUGGAUGUUUAAAUGUACAUACACAUUUAACACUGUUAUUUUCUCCUUUGAAACACUGCAGCGUCCUGUCGGCAUCUGCAUUGUUCCUGAAUUCCUCCAUUCCUAAAAUGAUUGUAUUUUCCGGCCCGGCUUUAUUUGUGGGAAUGCGAGUCUUAAUUCAUAUGUAGUAAACAAGUUUUUAUCUCGUUGUUUUUUUUUUUUAUCAUUAAUUGCUUCUAUCAUGUGCAGGGAUUGUGAGUUUGUUUUUGUUUGUUUUUUUUUAAAUCCCAAAUGAAAAAUCUGCUGUUUUUACCACGUUAGUAAAUAAAAACAAAAGACUUUAAUUCAUCUCUUUUAAAAAUUCCACCAUGAAGGUUGUUGG